AUGUCUAAGUUUAAAACUAUUGAUUCAUUCUUCAAAAGGAAAGAAGUCGACAUUUUGAAAAGUAAUACACCGUUGGAAUUUAAUGCCGAAACUUCAAAUCCCAAUGAGCAUCAUCUUAAAUCUCCAAGGGUUGAAGAUGAAGAACAUCCUUUUGAAUCUCCAAUUGCGGAAACACAAGAGAUUCAUUUUAAAUCAUCAAAACUCAAUGUUAAUGAAGUUGAUGUUUCUUCUAUAGAGCGAGAUCCAGGAUUACGUCCUCCGAUGUGGGACUAUCCAGUCAAUCGACGUGAUGAAAUAAGAAGGGCUUAUUUAAAAGAUGGUCCAAAUCGAUUUAUUCUUACAAAUUAUCCACUUUCUGGACUAGAAAAUCACCCUCGUUGCUUUCAAGCCUCUUGGUUCACACAAUUUCCUUGGCUUGAGUAUUCUCGUUCUAAGGAUGCUGCAUAUUGUCUACCAUGUUAUCAUUUUACUAUGAAACGAGAUGGACGUCUUGGAUGGGAUUGGCUUGCAUUUCAAGGAUGUCCUUAUAGAAGUCAUGAUGAGACUCUUGAUUCAAAAAAUCGAGGUAAUUUUCUUGAGAAGAUUAAGAUUUUGGCAUCAUACAAUGAUAAUGUUGUAAGUGUUGUUUUGGAAAAUGCUCAAAAAUCUGCAAAGUAUACUUCACAUACAAUUCAAACGGAGAUUUUGCAAGUCAUUGCAAAUACAUCGGAAUUGACUCUAAAGAAUGGAAUAUCUGAUGUUCUCUCUCAUCGUUGCCUCGAUAUUCAAAAUAUCCGUGGACAAGGAUAUAAUGGUGCUGCAUUACUUGCUGCAUCUAGAGAGGUGUCUUCUGUUCAUGAGUUCUUCACAAAUUUGAACUUUGUUAUCAAUGUGGCCAGUGCUUCAAGUAAAUGUCAUGAUCAACUACAAGUUGUUCAUGCAACACAAAUUCCACAUAUGCGACCUAUUGGUAAGCUUGAAACUGGAAAAUGGGCUAACCAAAUUGGCACUUUGAAACGAGCUAAUGAUUCUCGUUGGGGUUCUUAUUUUAAUUCUAUUUGUAGCCUAAUAAGGAUGUUUGAUGCUACUUGUACAGUGCUUGAAAAUGUUGGAAGAGAAGGAGGUACUUACUCUCAACGAGGAGAUGCUAAGAAAAAAUCUCAAGACAUUUUGAAUGCUAUUCAUUCAGUUUCUAUUACAAAAAAACUUAUCCAAAAGUUGAGAGAUGAUGGUUGGGAUAAUUUGCAUGAGAACAUUGUCUCUUUCUCCAAGAAAGCUGAAAUUGACAUUCCAGAUUCGAGUGCUCGUUAUAUUGAAGGUCGAGGUUGUAAUAAAAAGAAUCACAUUACAGUGGAGCAUCAUGAUCAUUUUGACAUAUUCAAUACUACUAUCGACCUUCAAUUGCAAGAGCUUGAUAGUAGGUUAGGUGAAAAGGCGAUGGAACUUUUAACACUUAGCUCUGCUUUGGAUCCAAAAGAUGCUUAUAAAGCCUUUAAAAUUGACAAUAUAUGUAUCCUUGCGGAAAAGUAUUAUCCCUUUGAUUUUUCUGAGCAGGAGAAAAUCAAUUUGAGAUAUCAGUUGAGGUAUUUUGAACUUGAUAUGCUUAUUGAUCUGACAUUACAAAAUUUGUCUUCCAUUGCAGAAUUAUGCCAAUGA